CACAGACACUGUAUCUAAAAAGAAAGAGUCAGCUGACAGCUUUCUUAAAAUUUACAUUAAAUUUAAAAUAAUCUAUAUUUUUAUAAAUUAGUGCUGUUUUUGUGCUUUCAUAUUUAUUACGUAGUGAGUCAAAUAAAAUGAUUUUCGAAGAUAAUUUAUAUGAACAAUCAAGCUUGCAUAAAGUUGAUGAUAAAAAGAAUCCAAAUACUCGUUUUCGAUUUGCUAUCGAUCGAGGAGGUACAUUCACUGAUGUUUACGCACAGUGUCCAAAUGGAAAAAUUCGUGUAAUGAAACUUCUAUCUGUUGAUCCUGCAAAUUACGAUGACGCUCCACGAGAAGGGAUCCGACGAAUUUUAGAAGAGGAAACGGGUAUACCGAUGAAAGGUAAAAUUGAUACGUCGCUGAUUGAAUGGAUUCGCAUGGGGACCACUGUUGCUACGAAUGCUCUUUUGGAAAGAAAGGGCGCUAAAAUGGCUUUAAUAAUAAAUGAAGGUUUUGAGGAUCUAUUACACAUAGGAAAUCAGGCUCGACCUAAUAUCUUUGACUUAGAAAUCGUAAAACCUGAAGUAUUGUAUUCUGAAGUUAUUAGUGUACAAGUUCGAGUUGUACCUGCAUUAUCAGAUAGAUGUCAAAUUAACAAACAAUCUUGGACAAAAGUUAAAGGUUCCACAGGAGAAGAUCUAUUCAUUAUUAAAGAUUUGGAUGAGGACAUAAUAAAGCAAGACUUGAAAAAUCUUAAACAAAAAGGAAUUGAGAGCUUAGCUGUAGUCCUUAUGCAUAGUUACACGUAUGCUGAGCAUGAAAUUCGCAUUGGUGAAAUAGCCAGGGAAAUAGGAUUUCUACAAGUAUCUUUGUCUCAUGAAGUCAUGCCAAUGAUAAGAAUUGUUCCUCGUGGUUUUACAGUAUCUGCUGACGCUUAUUUGACGCCACAUAUCAAAAACUAUUUAAAAAGCUUUUCUGCUGGAUUCAAAAAUAAUCUCAAGGACGUGAAUGUGCUUUUCAUGAGAAGUGAUGGUGGACUUACAUCAAUGGAUACUUUUAAUGGCUCGAGAGCAAUCUUAUCUGGACCCGCUGGUGGUGUUGUUGGCUAUGCAAUGACCACUUAUGAAAAGGAAGCUCAAUUACCAGUGAUUGGUUUUGACAUGGGUGGAACUUCAACGGAUGUUAGCCGUUAUAGUGGCAGUUUUGAGCACGUUUAUGAAAGUACCAUGGCUGGGGUCACUAUACAGGCUCCUCAGCUUGACAUAAAUACAGUUGCAGCAGGAGGUGGAUCAAUGCUGUUCUUUCGGUCAGGUUUAUUUGAGGUUGGACCGGAAAGUGCUGGAGCUCAUCCAGGCCCAACAUGUUAUAAAAAAGGUGGGCCUCUUACCGUAACUGAUGCAAACUUGGCUCUUGGUCGAUUGCUACCAGAAUAUUUUCCAAAAAUUUUUGGGCCACAGGAAAAUGAGACAUUAGAUAAACUACGUACUCUUGAAGCUUUCGAAAAAUUAUCUGAAACGAUCAACCAGUUUUUAAUAACUGAAGGUGGAAAAGAUGGCAGAAGAAUGAGUAUAGAAGAAGUAGCAAUGGGCUUUAUAAGAGUCGCCAACGAAACGAUGUGUCGGCCCAUAAGAGCUUUAACUCAGGCAAAAGGACAUGAUACAUCCCACCAUAUUCUCUCAUGUUUUGGAGGAGCUGGUGGACAGCAUGCUUGUGCAGUAGCGAGAAAUCUAGGUAUGCAAACGGUUUUCGUUCACAAAUAUGCUGGUAUCCUAUCAGCUUACGGUAUGGCCUUAGCUAAUGUUGUUGAGGAAGAUCAAGAACCAAGUGCUGCAGUUUAUAAUGAAGAAUCGUUUGAUCGUUUGGAUGCAAGGCUUUCAGCAUUACGUGAUAAAGUACGAAAUAAGCUUCGUAAGCAGAACUUUACUGAAGACCAAAUAUCAGACGAGUUUUUUCUGAAUUUGAGAUAUGAGGGAACGGACUGCGCAUUGAUGUGUCCAGCUGAUCCUGUUUCUACUCCCGGGCAACCAUCUAUGUCCCACGGAAAUUUUGCAAAAUCAUUUUUAGAAAGAUACCAAAAAGAAUUUGGAUUUACAAUGCCAAAUAAAAGAAUCUUGGUUAAUGAUAUACGAGUUCGUGGAACAGGUAAAAGCUAUGUUUUUGAGGAGCCAGAGCUAACAUUGUCGAAGGAAACUCCUAAGCCAGUAAAGAAAACGAAAAUAUAUUUCGAAGAUGGUUACCAUGAAGCAGAUGUGUACCAAUUAGAAUCUUUGUCACCUGGUCAUAUUAUUGCUGGUCCAGCUAUUAUAAUGGACAAGUUGAGCACCAUUUUAAUAGAACCCAGAUGUGUUGCAUCAAUUACUUUACGAGGUGACAUAAAAAUUAAGAUUGGAGAUGAUUUUAAAUCCAAAAUUAGUACUGACCUUGAUGCCAUCCAACUCAGUAUAUUUUCUCAUCGGUUUAUGAGCAUUGCAGAACAAAUGGGCAGAAUCUUACAGAGAACAUCUAUAUCAACAAACAUAAAGGAGCGUCUGGAUUUCUCCUGCGCGGUUUUCGGUCCAGAUGGUGGAUUGGUCUCCAAUGCACCACACAUUCCCGUACAUCUUGGUGCUAUGCAAGAGACAGUACAGUAUCAAAUAAAGGCUUUUCAGGGGAUUUUUGAAAGAGGAGAUUCGAUCCUUUCAAAUCAUCCAAUGGCAGGUGGCUCACAUUUACCUGAUCUAACAGUGAUAACACCAGUCUUUUAUAAACACGUUUCAAAACCAGUAUUUUUCGUAGCCAGUAGAGGUCAUCAUGCAGAUAUUGGUGGUAUAACUCCUGGGUCUUUGCCUCCUCAUUCAACUAUGUUGUCGCAAGAAGGGGCAGCAUUCAAAAGUUUUCUCCUUGUCCACAAGGGCAUGUUUCGGAACAAUGAAGUAAUAGAAGCAUUAAUGGCACCUGGAAAAAUUCCUGGAAGUUCAGGAACAAGGAAUCUUUCAGAUAAUUUGAGUGACCUGAAAGCACAAAUUGCAGCUAAUCAGAAAGGGGCUAAUUUAGUUUGUGAGCUAAUUGAUGUGUAUGGCAUAGACGUCGUUCAAGCAUAUAUGCAAUAUAUACAGGAUAAUGCAGAAUUUGCCGUACGUCAAAUGUUAAAAUCGUUCAGUAAAAAGCUUUUGGAGAAGACAAACAAAAACUUUGUAGAAUCCUCUGAUUACUUAGAUGAUGGUAGUAAAAUCAACUUAAGGCUUGAGAUAGAUGCCUUAAAAGGAGAAGCUGUAUGUGAUUUCAGUGGAACUGGAUAUGAAGUAUGGGGCAAUUGCAAUGCUCCUCGAGCAAUAACUUUAUCAGCUCUGAUUUAUUGUUUGAGAAGUAUAGUAGGCCACGACAUGCCUCUUAAUCAGGGAUGCCUAAAACCUGUGAGAGUAAUUAUACCAUCAGGUUCACUUUUGGACCCAUCUGAAGAAGCUGCAGUGGUCGGUGGUAAUGUACUUACGUCACAACGGAUUGUUGAUGUUAUCCUUCGUGCGUUUGGUGCAUGUGCGGCAUCCCAAGGCUGCAUGAACAAUAUCACCCUAGGAACUGAGCAGUGGGGAUACUAUGAGACCGUUGCUGGUGGAAGCGGUGCUGGACCAACGUGGGAUGGUACAAGUGGCGUUCAUACACAUAUGACUAACACAAGAAUCACGGAUCCAGAAAUUUUGGAACUCCGGUACCCGGUAAUGUUACAACGGUUUUCACUCCGAUCAGGAAGUGGAGGUAACGGUGCUCAUCGUGGAGGAGAUGGAAUUGUUCGAGAAAUAAUGUUCAGAGCUCCCAUGAUGCUGUCUGUAUUAACGGAAAGAAGAGUUCACCCUCCUCCAGGAUUAGAAGGUGGACAUCCAGGAUCCCGUGGAAGGAAUACACUUUUACGAAAAGGUGGUCGAAGAAUCAAUUUGGGUUCAAAAACAGCUAUUGCUGUGGCUUCUGAGGAUAUUUUUAUUCUUGAGACUCCUGGAGGAGGAGGAUAUGGACAGCCGAAACAAAUACUCCCAUACUUACAAAAAGAAUCAACAACUUUUAUCAAACGUGGUAGUGUAUUCGAGUAUCAAAAAGUACAGGAAUCUGUCUGAGAACUGCAAGUAACAAGUAUUUGUACUUAUGAAUAAUUUAAGUUCCAAGUAAAGGAAAUAAGUGUA